AUGCCCCUCCGCGUCCUCCCCGUCACAGACCCCCAUGCAGAUAUGCCCCGCCUCCUGGUCAUCCAAUUCGCGGCUUUUGCGGCGCAGCCCUCGCACGCGUGGCUGUACCCCGACAACUCGCUUGCGGUGGCUGUGGCGCGCGCGCUGCACGAGUUGCAAGAGGAGCCGGCGCUGAGGGUCGUCAAGUGCGUUGAGCUUGCUGGGGACGAAGUCGACAGCCAAGCGGGCGGGGCUGGUGAGCGCAUUGUCGGGUUCGCGAAAUGGACUUUCUACGAAAGAGAGCGCGGGGAAGAAGAGUGGAAGCGGAGAGAAGACGUGCCGUUUGCGGACGAAGACGCCAGGCGCCGCGCCCUGCUCGUCGUGGAGCCACUGUGCGCCUUGCGCGAAAGGCUGUGGGCGGGCCGGCCGCACUGCCUGUGCGCCAUCCUGGCCGUGGACCCGGCGUACCAGCGCCGCGGCGCCGGGACACUGCUCUUAAGGUGGGGGCUGGAAGAGGCGAGGAAGAGGGGCUUACCCGCGUAUUUGGAGGCUACGGAAGAGGGUAAGGAGCUGUAUCUUAAGGAGGGCUUUAGGGAUGUGGGUGAUGCGUUGGUUGUGAGGAAGGAGGACUGGGAGGGGGAUCGCGAUAUGGUGUUUCCUGGGCUGGUGUGGGAGGCGUAGCUGGGUUAGUGUGUGUGGGUGAGGAGGCGCUUGUGGGUGCGAGGGUGUGAGUGUUUGGGAGAGGGUGUAAGAAGAUGUGCUGGUGCUUGUGUGUUGUUAAGAGUGUUCUGUUUUAUGGGGUUUGCUUGGGAAUAAUCAGUGAAGCUAGGGUUAUAACUGAGGGCAGAUUAAUUUAACUCGGAUAAAUAUGAGAAUAGAUAGG